AGCUCAGUAAAUUGCACACUGAUCAUCAGUCCAGCCCGAGUUGUUCAAGCGAAUAUAGAAUAGCACCGAAGAAUACAAACAUGGCCCGUGCCAUAAUUUUCAUCUUCCUCAUCGUAGUUGCUGCCAUUAAUGCUGUGCCCCAUUGUGGUGAAAAUGAGGUAUUCAAUAGUUGCGGUUCAAAGUGCCCAAGCACUUGCGAAAAUCCAACUCCCGUUGUUUGCACAUUGGCAUGUGUUCCUGGAUGUGACUGCAUACAAGGACAUGUGAGAAACGCGGGAGGCAGAUGUGUACCUACGCAAAGUUGUUAAUCACGUUCUAUAACCAAACAAGUAUAAUUUCUAAAACUAUUUCAUCAACUAUGUCGCUAUAAUGAUACGAAAUGAGUAUGUGUGAUUAAAGCUUUUUUUACUGAUUACAAUACAUUUGUUGUACAAGUU